GAUGUCACAGCCAAGUGGUCAGAUCGAUGUGUUUGAUCUAAGAGCUUUCGCUGCUUAAGCUAUUGUGUGGUUCAGAACAAAAUCAAAGGGAAGUUGAGGUUCAAAAAAUGAAGACAUUCAUUUACGCUUUUCUGGUUAUUACAACCAUUACGGGACUUCAUGCAGAAGAUCAGGAAAAUGAUCUUCAACUGCUAGGAGGAGCUGACGAGGAGAAGGACUAUGAGAUUCUUCUGGAGAGAUUAGGAAAAACUUUCUUUGGUUUCCCCAGGCCAGUCUCUUCUUUACCAUCAAUCAAUCCCAGUAGUGAUGUCCACUAUGGCUAUGAAGAGGAUAGUCAAUAUCCCCCUCAACGUUGGGCACAAGCUUGGCCAACUUGCGGUGGAGUUAGACAGAGCCCGAUCAACAUUGAUCUAAACUCGUGUAAAAAGGACCUAGCUCUUUUCCCUCUGAAGUUCAACAACUUCGAAGCACGCCCUAUUUCUACGACUGUUACCAAUGUGGGCCAUUCCGUGCAAUAUUCAUUCAACUUUAAAACUCCCCCAACAGUUACUCGAGGAAUCCUUAAUCUUAAACAAUACAUUUUUGCUCAGCUUCAUUUUCACUUUGGCAAGACAGAUAAUGUGGGAUCUGAGCACACGAUCAAUUCUAAACCAGCUGCUCUUGAGAUGCAUUUAGUCUUCUACAAAUCAAACUACGGGAGCGUUGAACAUGCUGCUCAAUUCUCAGACGGUUUAGUCGUCGUGGCUGCCUUGUUCAACCCUUCAGACGACGUACCUGAUAAACUUUAUACGGAAUACCUGAGUCAAGUUAAAGUGCCAACGCAGACUAUCACGGUGCAGAAUGCCAAAGGAACACGCCUUAUUGACUUCAUUGGAAGCCUAAACACGAAAUUUGUUCGCUACGAGGGUAGUUUGACUACUCCUGGAUGCUCAGAAGCUGUUACGUGGUAUAUCUCGCCAAGCGUUAAGGAAAUAAGUCGCGGCGAUUUGGAGGCAUUUAGAGCUCUUAUUGGGGAUGAAGGACCAAUGGGUGGUAACUUCCGUCCAACGCAACCACUCAACGGACGCAAAUGUUACGUUAUAUAAACUCCAGAGGAAUUGCAGACUUUGAGUGAAAUUCAUUAGUCAGAUAAUCUAAUGAUACUUUAAGAUUUCUUAAGUUUUCUUGAGAAAAAGUUCAGAUUUCUUAAGUCAGGAUGAAUCGGGCUAAAAGGAUAUUUUUGAAGAUUUUUCUUGAUCAUUUUCGAACUUCGCAAUUUGUGAAAAUCUUUCGAAAAAUAAGCAUUUAGCCUGACUUCAAAAUUGAAGAAAAAGAAAUCUCUAAAAACCUUUAAAAAAAUCUUAAGAACUCUUAACUUUCACUUGGAAAACUUAAGAAAUUCUAAGCUUCGUUUAAGAAAAUUAAAGUAAUCUAAUGUGUUUUUAAGAAAUUUUAAGACUUUCUAACUAGUGAAUUUCACCCUUUAUCAAAUCAGUAUUUUAAACGAUAAAUAAGAGCUUGUAACAAAUCUUGCCAAUUUAGUUUGUAAAUAUUUUCAAAUGGCUGUGCUUUGCAUUAUUUUGCCAAUAUUCUUAUUCAAAGGAAUUUCGAUAAUAUUAAAGAGAGCAAUUAAAAAAAAA